AUGACAAACAUAACUCCAACCAUCUCAGCCAAAGUUGGAGCGAAUUUGCAUUGCCAACGUUAUCAUCCAUUAAAAGCAAUCAAGGAUCAUAUCGAGCAAUAUGUUCAUGCAAUAUACAGAAAAAGAACUGGGUCUCCUUUAUUUACAUGUAUUGAUAACUUAAGUCCAGUGGUCUCUGUUGAACAAAAUUUCGAUAGUUUAAGCGUGCCUCAGGAUCAUGUUUCACGAGCUAAGAAUGACAAUUAUUAUAUUAAUUCAGACUAUUUGCUUCGAGCUCAUACUUCCGCUCAUGAGCGUGAUCUUGUACGUGCCGGAUUAGACGCUUUCUUGUGUACUGGAGAUUGCUAUAGGAGAGAUGAGAUUGAUGCAAAACAUUACCCUGUGUUUCAUCAAAUGGAAGGAGUUCGAUUAUUUGAUAAACAAGAUAUUUUUACUAAAGAUAAAAAUCUAGACAUUUUCGAUAAUUCCAUGCAAGAAACUGAAGAGAAACAGGCUGUGCAUAGCUUGGAAGCUGUAAAAUUUGUAGAGAAUGAUUUAAAAGAAAUUUUAAUGGGAAUUAUGAAUAACCUGUUUGGUAAUAUAGAAACUAGAUUUGUUGAUGCGUAUUUUCCAUUCACACAUCCAUCAUGGGAGAUGGAAAUUAAAUUUCAAGGCGAUUGGUUGGAAGUUUUAGGCUGCGGCAUAAUGAGCCACAACACUUUACGAUAUUAUAAAUUUGCUCCAAUGAUUCUAUUUGAUAUUCCAGAUAUCAGAUUAUUUUGGAGCAAAGACGAGCGUUUUUUAUCGCAGUUUAAAGUGGAUGAUGUCAUUAGCAAUGUCAAGUUUAAGCCUUUUAGCAUACAUCCACCUCUAUACAAUGAUAUUUCGUUUUGGCUAUCACCAGCAUUUUCUUUAAAUAAUUUCUGUGACGUAGUGAGAAGCGUCGGAGGUGAUUUGGUAGAACAAGUUUCAUUAGUUGAUGAUUAUACUGAUGCUAAGACCGGACGACAAAGUCAUUGCUAUAGAUUAACAUAUCGAUCUAUGGAUAGGACGCUUACGAAUGAAGAAAUGAAUGUAAUACAGGUUUGA